UCCGAAACAGAUAUCGCUAGUCUUCCUUCAGAAACAUCUGGAACCAGUGACAGCGCCAACCAUUCAUCACAGGCGCCAACUAGAAGAUCCAAGGUUUGGGAGCAUUUUGAGCCAGGGCUGAUUGAAGUGAAUGGUGUCAUGAAGGCAGUGUGCAAAUAUUGUGGAGCUAAGUUGACUAUAGGCAACAAAUCAGGUACAAACAGCCACCGAAAUCACAUUGCUGAAUAUUGCCCAAAAAUCAGUACCGAAGAUAGAAAAAGGUUUCUUGAUACAGUGAAGAAGCGUUCAUUAGAAGGCCCAUUUACCUUUGAUCCACAAAAGAGUCGUGAACUAAUGAUAGAAUGGUGCAUUAGUGCUGAGGUUCCAUUCAAUAAGUUCGAGGAUCCUAAAUUUGAACCAUGGAUGGAGUCAUUGCAGCCUACUUUAGAAUGCAUAGGGCGUCAAACAAUUCGUAAUGAUUGUGUGUCUAUGUUUCAAAGAAUGAAAGCUGAUUUGCGAACUGAACUUCAAAGCACUAAUUCUCGCAUCUGCUUCACGUCUGAUCUUUGGACAUCAAACCAAAAGUUAGGAUAUAUUUGUUUGACUGCCCACUAUAUUGAUCCUAACUUUGUGUUGAAGAAAAAUAUCAUUGCUUUCAAAGAUGUGAAGUACCCACAUAAUGGUUUAGCAAUUCAGGAAUCAAUUACAACAUGUCUGAUAGAUUAUGGAAUAAAGGAAAAGAUGUUCACUAUCACUCUUGACAAUGCUGGCAAUAACAAAACAGCUUGUGAUCUUUUGCAAGAGAGUGGGAAAGCUGAUUUGUUAUUUGGUGGUCAGCACCUUCUUGUUAGAUGUUGUGCUCACAUACUAAAUCUUCUUGUCCAAGAUGGUAUAAAUGUUGCCAAUAGUGUCAUAGAGACAAUAAGAGAUCUAGUUAGGCAUAUCAAUUCUUCACCAUCACGAAUCCAAGCUUUCAAUGAGAUUACUGAAAGGGAAUGCUUUUCUACAAAGGCUGGCUUAGUGCUUGACGUGCCGCACCGUUGGAAUUCAACGCACGACAUGAUUCUUGAGGCAGUGGAGUAUAAAAUUGUUCUAAAGAGGUAUGCCACUGCACAACAGCAAGCUGUUCCAGAAGAUGAAGAAUGGAGCCAAGCUAAACUUGUGGGUGACUUCCUUGGGGCUUUUGCAGCUGCUACAAAGUCAUUCUCAGCCGAUAGGUAUCCUACGUCUCACCUUUUCUUGGACAAUGUUCUAUGUAUCCACGACGCUUUAAGAGGUCAACAGUGGCAAGAGAAUAUGGUAAUAAGAGAUUUGGCUAAGGCGAUGGAUAGAAAAUUUGACAAGUACUCGGAUGGUAAUUAUAACAUGGCCCUUGUUAUAUGCACCGUACUUGAUCCAAGGAAAAAACUUGAUUACCUUGACUUCUUUUAUGAUAAAGUAAGUCGGAGCUAUCAUGACAGUAUACGAAGUGUGGAUUUGGCUAAAGAUUGGUUGACCAAGUACUACAAAAGUUAUGCAGCUGAUCUUAGGAGAGAUGACACAAGUACAGUGUCUCAAUCUGGUCCAUCUAGAAGCUUGUUAGUUUCACCUGGGUUGGUGCUGGGCAAAAGAAGGCUGGAUGAAGAAUUCGCUCAAUUUAGUUCUCAGAGAAGAGGUACUAGUGUUGACAAGUCUGAACUGGAUGCUUAUCUGGAAGAAGCCCUUGUAAGGGGUGAUGAGAAUUUUGAGAUUUUAAGUUGGUGGAAAACAAACUCAAAUAAAUACCCUGUGCUAUCACUUAUGGCAAGAGACUUUCUAGCCAUACCCCUUAGCACCAUUUCUUCAGAAUCCGCAUUCAGUUUAAGUGGUUCAAUUCUUGGUGACAACCAAAGCUUGAUGAUUCCACAAACACUUGAAGCUCUAGUUUGCUGCAAAGAUUGGCUUUAUAAAUACCAGUGAAGAUGCACCAUUGGUAAGCCAAAGACUAAUAUAGCUGGGAGGGAUUGUAGAAGAUCAUCAAGAAGGCAAAGCACUCAGUAGAGUACAGUCGAUCAAGCUGACUGGGGAUGGCCAAAGACUAAUAGAGGAGACGUCUUUUUCACUGGAUUUCUGUGGCUGUACAAGCUCUAAUUUUGCACCAUUACAUGUUCCUGAAACGAUCUAACAGUCGCAUGUGUCAGGCAUGGCUCUGUGUAUCUGAAAUCAUGUUUGACCUUGCGUAUGCUGGGUUUGCUUUUGGAACACUGUCAUUCUGAACCUGAUA